AUGGUCGACAACUUUGCCGCCUGUGGUCUCAUCGAUACGGUUCAGCUUAAGCCAUUUGCGCUUAACAAAGCAACACGAGUCGAGUACAACUUCAACGGACUGAGCGAUCCGGCCAUCGAAAUGCUCUUUGGCAUCCCCGAUCCUGUGGUCCUCGCGUGCCGCGACCCAUAUGGUCCGCACGUCAAGCAGGAAGAGCGCGACACGCCGGGCAUCCCGGAUGGACCCAUGUCCGACCUCCUCACCAGGUAUCGCACGUUAACUCUCCACCAGCGUUUCGAGCUUGCGCCGGCGUGUUCAUGGCCUGCAUGGACCCGUAUGGUCCUGCCAGAAAAGCGACCUCGUAGGCAUGUUGUUGCCGAGGAUCUCGACCUCGGCGCUGGGGAGGAAGAGCUCGACUAUGGCAAGUUCGGCAUUGUCACGGAGGAAUGCAAACAGGUUCGAUUUGCUGUGGCUCCCGCCGACAAGUCGCAAGACAGUGUGGUCGCGGCGUCAAGUGGCGAGCAGUGGCCGCCAUUUAACAUUAUUGAGCUGUGCGGUACCCGUCGCAUUCAGCACAUGCCUCCUGGCGAGGGCCGUCUGACGAAGGAAGUCCUCUGCUUCCGACUCGCCGAGUACGACGCCGGUCGUGCACCCGAGUCGUGGAGGAUGUCUGCCGUCGCUUGGCGGCCGUUACCACAAACUCGCCGACGAACUCGAGCUGGUUUGUGA